UGUUGAUAUACGUAGGUAUGUAAUGUAAGUUUGUGCACGUACCUGGCGUCGGAAAACAUCCCACCUCGCCUCCCCGGCUGCCGUGAAAUAUGCCAAGUACCUCGGUACCUAAGAUAUAGACUUUGACAGGGGGUUUCAAUUCGGUUUCUCCAUCAAAUAAACCAUUGACGUGAGCAACACAUGCAUACCAGAAUAAAGUCCUAAUCCUUUUUUAUACAAUGGUUUACCUAUUCUAGGUAUGCUAUUGCUUUUGCCUUCAAAAAUUGUCUUACAUUUUCAACUUUAUUUCUCAUCUACCAAUUCCCAUCUUACCCGUAAGGAUAUAGCUCAAGGUCCCUUACUUACCGUCACGCCACCUGAGCAACCCGUUAUUGACAUCCGGGGAACUUAUUUCAAUUGACAAAUUUAUUUACACCAAAGCUAGAGGUACCCAUCUAAAUUUGCGAGUUGUUCAAGCUACCUUAGGUACGGUAGCUACCUUCGGUAUCUAAGAAGCCAGAAAAAAAAAGAGAAAAAAAAAUUGGCACCAUGGCAGAUCUCCCGUCGCUCUUAUUGCUACCCCCACCUCCACAUCCUCCUUCCCGGCUCGCUCUCAACGCCACAUAUGAACCCCCGCUUAAGGCCUCUCUCUUAAGGUUGAAAUCUGAGAAAGGCGGAAAAGAUGGAACGGUAUUGAUUGUAGCUCUGGUGUCACCAAUCCUCACAGGCAAAUUUCUACGACAAAAGUCUCUUUCUUGGCCUUACGCUCAGUCUAUUUUGGCUGAUCUAUACAGCAUCAUAUCCGCUAUAUGUGCUGAACUUUCUAUUCCGACCGAUAUCCAUGCCGGUCCUGGAUCCGUAGAUGCACGGGUUGUUCUUGUCGAUCACGAUGUGUCUAAACCUGUUCCGGUUGAUUUAAAACCAGCCAUAAAGCCGAACAAUACUGUAAUAGUCGAUCUCGCAACUUUUACUGCGGCCUAUCACCCCUGGAAUUACAUAUUCCAUACAAACAAUGAACCAGGAUAUCAGUUGCUCUCUACAUACCUCAAACUUCUCGAGGGUGUUCAAACUCUGAGGCAGUCCCAGCUAGUCGUUGUAGAUGGCGGGCUUGCUGUAUCACUCGGACCGCAGUCUCCUUCGGAGUUAUCUCCUCAGACUAGUCUGCAUUCUGUCGUAUGCUUGGGAGGCACGUUUGAUCACUUACAUCCUGGACACAAAUUACUCCUGACUGCCGCUGUGUUGCUGCUCAAGGUGCCCGAUAAUAACACGUCAAGCCCGUGCAAAUUUGUCGUCGGCAUUACAGGUGAUGAAUUACUGAAGAGGAAAAAGUAUGCCGAAUACGUGCAACCUUGGAAUGAGCGGGCCACGAAUACAAUCGAAUUUUUGUCUUCUAUACUCGAGCUGUCCAAGGACGGUUGGAAAGGAGGACGAUCUUUAAAAAUUUUUAGGAGAAAUGAUGAAUUCGUGGCUUUAUUCCGAAACGGUACUAUCGAGGUUCGCUGUGUGGUUAUCCAAGAUGCUUAUGGUCCUACCAUCACGACAGAAAAUAUGGAUGCCCUUGUGGUUUCUGGCGAGACGAGAAGUGGGGGGAAUGCUGUGAAUGAAAAACGAAAAGACCUUGGCUGGCGACAGCUGGAGACAUUCGAAGUCGAUGUCCUCGAUGCCGAAGGCAUAGUGCACAAGUCGGCGGACACGCAAAACUUUGCCACGAAAAUAAGCAGCACAGCUAUACGAAAGCUGAAGGCAGAGUCUCACCCAUAAUGUAAAGUUAUGAUUCCCACCUAGAGUUCU